UGGGGGAUGCACUUUCGGCAAGAAAAGAAAAUUUAGUUUGAAUUUGGAAAUUUUUUUCAAGACAGGAUUAGGUCUAUACAAAGGAGAAAAUAUCGAGUUUCGUGGCGCAGCAUUUACUGUUGGUGGUGAUGCUAAUAUUGAUGGGCUUGUUACCUUUGCUAAUAUUUUGUCUAUAUUCAACCCAAAAUUGGAAGGGAUAUCCCAUGGAAUGGGAAAUGUAGAUUCACUCCCUUCUAACCAAUUUAACGUAGCUGAGAGUGGUGCAGAAACUGAUGGAAUGCCUGAUCAGGCUAAAAGGUUGAUUGGCCGUUUAAAAGAAUAUUAUACUACAGAACAGCUUAAAGAAAAGUGGAUAAUGCUUUUUAUAACUGUUGGAACUGAAGAAUUUUGCGCAAAAUGUGAUCCUCCAAAUAUCGGAGCUCUAAGGCAUUCGAUCCAAACACUUCGCAGAUCGCUUCCAAAACUUUUUGUAGUCUUAGUUGGUCCUAUACACGUUGCACGAUCUUCUGAAUUGACUUUAAAUUUACUAAAGCCUCGUUGUCCUUGCCUUUCAAAAAUUACAGAUUCUCAACUUGCAAAUUUACAACAAAUUUGGCGUAAAGCACUAACUCAAUUGGAAGCAGAAUUUUACGAGAAAAACAAUAAAUAUCCGACAUUUUCCCUUUUGGCCCUGUCCAAGCUUAAGAUUGGUAUAGACAAUCGACAACCUUUAGAACAACUUUUUCUUCUUGGCCAUACUUAUGCAGCAAAAUGGCUAUGGAAUCGUUUAAUUACCGGGCCUCGCUACAAUCUUUCCUCCCGACAUCAAAUAUCAAUAGCUAAAGAAAGCUAUUUUUGUCCUUCCUUGGGAUGUCCAUUCUUCCGUACAUUAUCAAACAUGCGCAAGUGUGUAGUCCGUACCCGUGCAGAAUUUGAAAAACGUUUAAAAAGCGAACAGUUUGAACAAAAAGAGGAAUUGAAAGGAAGAAGGAAACAAAUUAAAGAAAAUUUAAUUUUAUUUAUUUUAAUACCGAUAAUACUUUCGUUCCUUUCUGUGAUCUCGUUUGGGACUAUUUUCUUCCUUCAGGGUCUGAAAUCGACAAAAGGAAGAUUUGAGAUUAUGCCUGGCGUUUGA